AUGGUGAUGGUUGGUGAUGAAGCUAUGUGCUUACAAUGUGCGAUAGAGAAUUCCCGAGAGCCUUUUUUUUUUUUGGAAUUAUCCUUAAUCAAAAGGGGAUUUUCUGGGAGACUGUAAUUAAGUAUGGUUACUUGUAUGCAUUACACGAGCAACAUAGUACCAUUUGAGGUUGUUAGUUGCGAGGCCAUAGCAAAAACAAAUUAAUUCUAGUCUUGCUGA